CCCUUUUACUCCUCAACUCAACCAACAAAACUAGAAAUAUUUGUUCUCAAACUCCUCUCAGUCGCCAAAUUCUCACACAACACCAAAAUCCAUAUAGAAGAAGAAGAUUUUAUUUUCAGACAAUUGUUGUUCUUCAUCACCAAAUUUCACAAAUAAAUAAAUAAUUUCUUUUUUUAAAAAAAAUGGUGGUGUUCUGUUUUUUGGUGGAUCAGAAGAGGAAAGUGCGGCGGAGCAAGCCGGCGGCGGGAACAUGUUCACGGUGUGGCGGCGGAGCAAGCGUGGCCGAUAUGAAGACUGCUACUAGAUUUUGUUACGUCCCAUUUUAUUGGAAGUCUUGGAGAGCUAUUAUAUGUACAUUUUGUGGUGCUAUUCUUCGAUCUUAUAGAUAAUAUUAUUAUUAGUUAAUUAAUUUUUCCUUUUA